CCCACCCAAAACUAGCUAGCUGUGGCAGCCCGCCACGUAGCACUCCCUCCUCAUUAAUUUUCCCGCCAUAUGACGUGGCACCCAUCCGCCACCUUUCCCCCCAUUUCCUUUAUAUACCCAUUCUCCCUCUCUCCCGUUUCAACUCAUAACUAACUAACAAAAGCCCUGUUUGGCUCCCCACUUCAAAGUUCAAACAACCCCCUCCCACAUAACCAUUCCAAUGGAAACUCCCCAACCUCAUCCCAAACAAGCCCUUACUACUACUCCCUCCCCCGCCGCCGCCGCCUUCCUCCUCUCCUCCGUCUCCUCUCCCAUCACUCUCAAGUUCGUGGACCUCUGCUACAGAGUAAAACUCCCCACCAGCGCAAGCAACACCGGCAGCACCAUCCGACGGCUGAUAUCUCCCCACGAGAAAUCGACGGCGGCAAUCGAGCAGCGGACCAUACUAAGCGGCAUCACCGGCACCGCCUCGCCAGGCGAAAUCCUCGCCGUCCUCGGCCCCUCGGGAAGCGGGAAGUCCACUCUCCUCCACGCGCUCGCCGGCCGUCGUCACCGCGGCGGCGUCGUCACCGGCACCAUCCUCGCCGCCGCCACCACCGCAGCCUCCAAAAAACUGUCCGCCAGGCAGCUCGCCAGGCGGACCGGUUUCGUCGCGCAGGACGACGUGCUGUUCCCGCACCUGACGGUGCGGGAGACGCUCGUCUUCUGCGCCUUACUCAGGGCCACCUACUCGUCCAGGGACGAGAAGAUGGCCGCGGCGGAGUGGGCGAUUGCCGAGCUGGGGCUCGGGAUACUAUAAUUGGGAACGGAUUCGUGCGCGGAGUUUCCGGAGGGGAGAGGAAGCGCGUGAGCAUCGCGCACGAGCUGCUGAUCAACCCGAGCGUGCUGAUUUUGGACGAGCCGACGUCGGGUUUGGACGCGACGGCGGCGUACAGGCUGGUGGCGACUUUGGGACAGCUGGCGAGGAAAGGCGGGCGGACCGUGGUCGCUUCGGUCCACCAGCCGUCGAGCCGGGUGUACCGGAUGUUCGACUCGGUUCUGGUCCUGAGCGAAGGGCGGAGCUUGUAUUUUGGGAAAGGUGGGGACGUGGCGAUGGGUUAUUUCGAGUCGGUUGGUUGCUCGCCGUGUUUUCCGAUGAAUCCGGCCGAUUUCAUGCUCGAUCUCGCUAACGGUACGCCCGAUUUCCUUCUCCUUUUCCGCUUCCGUACGUGUGGAAUUUUUAUUUAUUUAGUAUAUAAAUAGUAUAAUGAAUAUGUACCGAAUAAUGAAACUUUUGAGACGUAACAAGUAUAAAUUUCUCUUUUGCAAAAAAAAUAGCAUGAUUAUCUGGAGGAAGAAACUACCCUAUAAGUAAAUCUUCUAGUGUGAGCGAACAUAUUUUUGAUAAUAAGUUAAUAACUUUUGUUGCCCCUAAAGGAAAAGGUUAGGACAGUAAAUAUAUAUGGCUUGAAGACAAUUUAAGGAUUAAGGAAUAGAACAAAACCAAAAGCUAUGUUAGUGGGAUUUUUUCCCUUUAAUUAUUAUACCUGAUAAGUUGAAAGAAAAGCUCCAAAGACAAAAAAACUCAAAAAAAAAAAAUUUUGAAAUUUUAAUAACUUGGGAUCAUGAUGUGAUUAGGGCAUCUUAAUUAAUAAUUAAUAUUAAUCCUGUUAUAUGGAGGAAAACAUAGAUUAAGCUGUUAAUUGGUGUCCACGUGCUUUGUUUUGUUGGGUAGUUUUGUAUGGUAGAUGUGUCCUAAUAAGUUGGAUAGUUUUGUUUGUUUGCAUAUAUGUGGAAAUUUUUAACUUGUAAUAUUGCAAAAAACAGUUUUGUUGAUAGCGAACAUUGGUUGAUUUCGGACGUAUAAUACAUUAACGGUACGAUGGAUGUGUCCUAAUACCUAAUACUAUAAUGGUAUAGUACUAGCUGCAAUGGGUGCAUAUACAUAUGGGAUCAUGAGUGAUCUCAUUUGAAAGGGACAAAAGAGAAGAAAAGGUGGUUAAGUUAUCAAAUCUCAAUUUAACUAAUUAAUUAUCAAAAUUCCCAAUUCCAGUAUUAUGAUAUAAGAGAUGGGGAUAUAUUUGGCCGUGAUGACAUUCAUGGCGUGAGAAAGCAUUGUCAGAAUGGGAAAAAAAGGGAAGCAAAAAGAAAUUAAAAGGGAAUAGGAGAAGAUUUUUAGGUUUGGAUCAUUGUUUGGCUUUCACCCUCCCAUUUCCAUCUCUUAUAUUAUAUCCAUUCAUGGAUAGUUUUGUUUUGUGAUGUGGAUGAAAGGUUGGUUACUAUUGCCAAAAAAACAUUUCCCCUUUCGUUUAGAUACUUCAUAUGUAAAAUGGUACUAACUUGUAUUCAAAAUUAAUCAGGUUCCACAAAAAAACCUGGUAUGAUCUAUAACACAAGUUCAGAAGUCUGUCUCAAAUUUUAUAACGGUUAUAAUGCACUUGUCAACCUUUUUCAUAAUGUAUCAGCACACUUAACUUGCUUGUUAUUCUUCUCACUUAUGUCGCUAAAUAGAGUCGUAUGAUUUUAUGUUUACAAAUGGAGAACCAUAACUACUACUUUCCAAAGACUCUAAGCAAACUUUACACAUCAUAGGAAUGAAUCUCAAACAUGGCU